AUGAACGAUCCGCAACCUAUGCGAAGAGACUCGUACCAACCUCAUCUGGAAGGCUUAGGAUACCGGGCCGCACACCAAUACCAGCACUCUCCUUAUGAAGUGGCACGUUCGUCCUUCUUCAUGCCAAGCCAGUACGACCAUCAGCAGGGCAAAGCAAGAAAGAGAAGUAACCUACCAAAGCAGUCGACCGAGAUCAUGAAGACGUGGUUCGAUCAAAACAUAACCAACCCAUACCCUAGCGAGGAGCAGAAAGCGCUCUUUUCGCGGGCUACUGGUAUCAGCAUGACUCAGGUCAGUAAUUGGUUCAUCAAUCAUCGUCGUCGGUGCCCAGAGCUACGCGAUCGACGUGACAAGCAUCACGGCUCGAGCCGCGACGUUGAGAUGAUGUGA